AUGCCCUCUUCACUUUCUCCUAAUAUUAAAAACAAAGGUAAACAGAAAACUCCCCUACCGCUGGUGGAAGAAGGAGGUGGAUCACCAACAUUAAGCAUCUCAAGCUCUGAAGACGAUUUGGUAGUCCAACAGCAGGAUCGGUUCGAGACACAGCGAGAUGAAGACGUCAGUGAUAUAGACGACCUGGCAGACGAGCAAGUAGGUCUGCUGGGUGAGAGGAGUUUGCGCUCGAACAUAGAUACGCUAGUCGUAGAUGAUGGGAAGCGGAGGAAGGGAAGGGUGAAGAUUCUAGGAGUAGAGCUACCCAAACCACUCCUCUACCUCCUGUCCGUUCCCCUAAUUCUCCUCCUCUUCACCCUCUUCUCUCCCAGCUCGUCACCUUACCAUUCCAUACCGAUCCUAUCUAACGGUACACAUCCAUACCACCCCACCGUCCUUUUAAUCUCCCUAGACGGCUUUCGACCUUCGUACCUCACCUCGCACGUUGACCUCCUACCGAACUUAGUGGGUUUGGCACAGAGGAGUGAUGGGAUCAGGGCAGAAUCGAUGAAACCCGUCUUCCCCACAUUGACAUUUCCCAAUCACUGGAGUCUCAUGACGGGUUUGCAUCCAGAAUCACACGGGAUUGUAGCGAAUAAAUUUUGGGAUCCGAUGUUCGUUGGCGAGGCAAUAACUUCUAGAGCAGAUAUGGGUAUAUCGGAUAUCGAACUGAGACAUAUGAGCAAGGAUAGAGACAUAAAUGAUAUAGAUGAUAUAGAUAUGAUGGACGAUAGAAACAGUGAAAAGAUGACAGGUGGUGCCAACGUCAAGAAGGAUGAAAGUGAUGUAGGAUCGCAAUUCGUGUAUACCGAAGAAGAUAAGAGCUGGAAUUCGAAUUGGUGGUGGGGUGAACCCCUUUGGAGUGCUGUGGAGAGGGCUAAGCAGAAAAGUGCUGUCAUCAUGUGGCCAGGCCCUCCGGUAACCUCGAAAGGUAUCUCACCAUCGUAUUUUGUCCCAUACCGACAACUCUCACCUUCCAAUAAAGUCACCCAGAUCUUAUCUUAUCUCGAUCUCGAUAUCAAAGAAAGACCGCAAUUCAUCGCAUCGUACUUCCCGGAGAUUGAUCAAUCGGGACAUCGUGGUGGACCAAACUCGAAGGGUGUGAAUCAUAGUCUUUCGCUAUGUGAUGAGAUGAUCGGAGAACUGCUGCAUGGACUAGAAGUGAGAAAUCUGGAUGAUAUAGUGAAUGUGGUCAUCGUUUCUGACCAUGGCAUGGCGGAGACAAGUAACGACCGGAUAAUCUAUUUGGAUGAUAUCCUAGGUGAACAAGGUGUAGAUGUGAUCGAACAUAAGGACGGUUGGCCUUCAGUCGGUUUGAGGUUCAAGGAAGGUGUCGACACGCAGUAUUACCUUGAUAUCCUGCUUGAAGCUGCUAAAUCUUCGAACGGUACCUUUGCAGUAUACACCCACGAGACCAUGCCUGAAAGAUGGCAUUUCAAUCACGGACACAGAAUCGCCCCUAUCUAUGUCGUUCCUACCAUAGGCUGGGCGAUCACUGAUCAUCACGAACAUGAAGUUUUGUUUCAGGGCGAUUAUCAGCCAAAGGGUAAUCAUGGUUAUGAUAAUUUGUUUCCCGAGAUGCAAGCAAUCUUCUUUGCCAAGGGACCGUUUGUCAAGUCAAUCAAGAAGAAAGCUUCAUCGGAAGUGUAUGAAUCGACUAAGCCGCCUAUAUUGAAGAGUUUCCCAAAUUUGGAGAUAUUUUCGCUUGUCACGAGGUUGAUAGGGUUAUCACCAUCUUUCGAACCUGCCCAUAAUGGCACCAUAGGGUUUUGGGAUAGAUAUUUUGGGUCGUAG